GUUCGCUGCGCUAGGAUAGCAUUUUAACUUGCAAUUGCCUUCUUGUUCAAUGUUCGAUUCCAUGCAGGUACGUCCAUCAGUCCAUGGCUGACAUGCUGGCUUGCAGUAUCAAUCUUAGCUGGAGAUGAAAGCUGAGGAUAUCUCUCGUUGGCCUUAAGGACAAGCUUGCCGCAAGUCAAGGAGGGAUUCCCCUCAAUCUGACCUACAAGUCGCCCCUCUUAUCAGAGACCCUGAAUGACGAACUUUGAUAAUGUCAAGGUGGCUUCAUACAACCGUAAGGUUACAGACCGGAGAUAACCCAGCUGGUGUCGAAAGGGGCCAAGACCUUUGUCCAAGUCACAAUCACAUCGGCCUAUUCCAAGCAAUUCCUUUUAUAUUCUGCAAUGCGGAAAAAUAGGGUUCAAGCUCCAGUAAGGCACCUAGAGUGACCGCCCUAAUGUUGCAGGGGGUCAAUCUAUCCUUGAAGCCAGCGAAUUCAUUGAAGCCGCCUUAUAAGUGAAUAUGGAAUGAGAGUGAGCUGACCGCAUUAUGGCGCAGGGCCCCUUUGGGCAGCUGCUGAAGGCAUUGGGAAUCAGGCUGUCAUCCCAGGUCAACAUAAAUGCGCCUGUGGGAGCAGCACAUUGGCACAACGCUAGUAGAGUCCUCUCUAGUACUGCUGCUCUUAAGAAUCAAAGCAACACUUCUGCGGAGGCCAGUCUGCAUUGUAAUCUGCACAAUGACAGGUCCUUUCCUGAGUCUCCCCGCUUCUGGCCUGCUUCUCGCUGCGGUUCAGUACCUUGGUUACAGGAUCGUAGUAGACAAGCUCACAGUGCUUCCAUUCCACAAAAAGGGGAUGAUCAACAAAUCCUCUUGUCUCAAAGCCAUGUGAUAGGUCCCACCAAUAUCCCUCUCCUGGAAACAACAAUUGGCCAAAAGUUCACUGAGACCGCAGCCAACUUUUCCAACCAUGUCGCCCUAAUCUCAAAGCAAGAAAACGUUUGCUAUACUUACGAAGAGUUGCUCAAAAGGGUCACCGCCUUAGCCAGCGGGCUCGCCAGACUGGGCUUAACCAGAGGAGACAGACUGGGUCUGUUUUCUCCUAACCACGCGGCAUGGGUUGUGACGCAGUUUGCAGCUGCAAAGCUGGGUUUGAUCCUGGUCAACCUAAACCCGGGGUAUCAGAGCUUGGAGCUGCAUCAAACAGUCAGAAAAGUGGGUUGCAGAGCGCUUGUGGUGGCUGAUAAGUAUAAGGGUAAGAGCAUGAUAGAGACCUGUGAACGGGCGUUGAAGUGGGACACAAGGGGGGGCACCGGAAGAGUGCGCUCAGAGGAGGUGCCUUCUUUGGAGCACAUUUUGACACUAGGCGAACAGGGGGCGCCCGGCCUGCUGGGACUGAAUGACGUUAUGGACUUGGCAACGACCGCGGACGAAGAGGCGCUCAAGCGAGUGGAGGCUUCUAACGACCCUGAUGACGUCAUCAACAUCCAGUUCACGUCAGGCACGACCGGUCGGCCCAAGGGCGCGUGCCUCACUCACCGGAACAUUUUGAACAACGGCUUCCUGGUCGGGCGCCGCAUCCUGCUCUCGGAUGCCGACAAGAUCUGCAUCCCCGUUCCGUUCUACCACUGUUUCGGCAUGGUGAUGGGUAACUUGGCGGCCAUUACUCACGGCGCCACGAUGGUCAUCCCGUCACCGGAGUUCGAUCCACUGGCGACUCUUCAGGCCGUCCACCGCGAGCGGUGCACCGCCCUGUACGGCGUCCCGACCAUGUUUGUGGCGGAGCUGCACCACCCGGCCUUCCCCCGGUUCGACUUGUCCAGCCUGCGGACCGGAAUCAUGGCCGGUUCACCCUGCCCGGUGAACGUCAUGCGCCGGGUCAUGACCGACAUGCACAUGCGCCAGGUUACGAUCUGCUACGGCAUGACCGAGACAAGCCCGGUCAGUUUCCAGACGACCGUGGACGACCCGGUAGAAAAGCGGCUGGAAACCGUGGGCCGGAUCCAGCCUCACACCGAAGCAAAAGUAGUUGACCCGGAAACCCGGGAGGUUCUUCCGGUGAAUACCCCCGGGGAGCUGGUGGUUAGGGGCUACUUAACCAUGAAAAGUUACUGGGACGAGCCGGAGAAGACGAGGGAGGUUAAGGAUGACGAAGGCUGGGUUAGCACCGGGGACCUGGCGGCGUUUGACGAGCGAGGCUACUGCUCGAUAACCGGCAGGAUCAAGGACAUGGUUAUCCGAGGCGGGCAAAACCUGUUUCCAAAGGAGAUUGAAGAUGUAAUUCAUACACAUCCAGGCGUCGAAGACGUCCACAUAAUCGGCGUGCCGGAUUCAUACUACGGUGAAGAACUUUGCGCUUGGGUCAAGGUAAAAGAGGGCCAAAAGUCAACACCCGACGAUAUCACGAGCCACUGCCGGGAGAGGAUAGCCCGGUACAAGGUGCCUCGGUACGUGAAGUUCGUCGACGCCUUCCCGAUGACUGUAACCGGGAAGGUGCAAAAGUAUAAGAUGCGGGAGGUGAGCGCCAGAGAGCUGCGGGCUGAAGCCCUUGGGUCAAAAGACUGAGCUACGCCGGUUGUCGUGUUAAGUAAAAUGAAUGAGGGUAGUCAACAAGUGCAAAAGUGAAACGUGGCCCUCUUAUGCCCGGGGUCAGACUGCGUGACGAGCUCACGCGUGAUGCUUUUGGUGUGAACCAAAACGGCGGCUUUUCAAAAGGGGCAAGAACAUCAGAUGUGCAGUGCGAUUGAAUUGAGCUCAUUUCUCUGCUUCUAAUGGAAUUACUCAUGAC